AUUUGUUGAAUUUUCUAUAUUGCUUAUACUGUAAUAUUAUAAAAUGGAACUUGUAAAAUUAAAUGAAAAAAUUCUUUUGAUCCAACACCAAGAUUAAAAUCUAGCCCUGUGCCAAUUUUUUUUGUUUCUUUUGAUGGAAGAGAUAAUAAUUGUAUUCAUUGUGGAGAAAAAUAUACACAAACGAAAUAUUCGCAUCAAUAUUAUUGUGAAAAUUGUUUAUCAUGUUAUUUAACUAAUAUAACCGAUAAUGACAUAUACUUGGACGUGUUAUUCACAAAGGACUUGGAAUGUAAUGAACAUGAAAUAAGUAGAACAAAAAUACCACAAAAUAUUCAAGAAUACUGUAGAAAUUGUUUGAUAAUAUUAUUUUUUAGACAAAUAAUCAGUUUUAAUAAGGAUUAUACUCUUUGGGGUUUAAUUACUAUUGAAAACUAUUGUAAACUAUGUGGAAAAUUAUUAUAUCACCGUAGUAUGCAAUUUAAAUGGUGUUCAGAUUGUUAUCUAAUUUCUUCUGGAUAUAUAGAAUCAAACUUAACCAAAAAACUUAUUUCAAUUAUUUAUUUUCCAUGGUGGGAAGAUAAUUCUAAUUGUUAUUGCGGUGAACUACUAGUAUUUACAUCAAACUGUCAAAAGUAUUGUGAGAACUGUUUUAUAUUUUUUAUUGGAUGUAGAUAUUGUUUAACAACAAAUAUUAUUUUUGGAAUUACAAAUCAAUCACAAUGUAAAAAAUGCAAGAGAGUAACAACUAUUAUACUAGAUAGCAAAAAGAUUAUUAGUAUUAACAGUGGGAACAGUGUUUUAGAUGAUUUUCUUGUUAGUAUAAGAUCUUAUCAAUCGGAAAUAGCUAAAUUUACUAGCGUUAUUAAAAAUAUUGAUAAGUGCUUCGCUCCAAGCGAAAUAAAUAAUAUUUUUAGAAACCGUCACAAAAGUUCAAGAUCAUUAAUGAAAUAUAUACCAUAUUCUAAAUUUACGAAUGUAAAAAAAAUAGCAGAAGGAGGAUUUAGUAUAAUAUAUCAAGCAACUUUGUUAGAUGGUAUAAAAUAUGAUUUUCGGACUGAAAAUAUUUUAAUUUUAAAAAAAUUUAAAAAUUCUCAAUAUGCUGAAGAAUAUCUUUUGAGAGAGUUAAUGUCGAAUCAUUAUGGUUAUACAGAUAACAGAAAUUUUUAUGUUCAUAUGGUGGUUAAUACUUAUGGUUUUACAAAAGACCCUCGAGUAGAUAGAUUAGAUAGUUAUAUAUUAGUUAUGGAAUAUGCUCCAAGUGGAGAUUUACAUAAGUAUCUACAAAAGAACUUUACAGAAAUUGAUUGGAGAAAAAAAAAAUUAGUUAUUCUAUUUAAUAUUACAAAUGGGUAUUUAAAUUUUAAACAUAUUGGUAAAUGAUUAAUUUAUAAUACAAAUUUAUUAAUUAUUAUUGUUUUAGACUUCAGAGCAUUCAUAAUAUAAAUUUCGUACAUCGAGAUUUACACACUGGAAAUACGUUGAUACGUGAAUCUG